UUUGCAAUGGAGGAGCAGCCGCGGGAGAGGUCUGAGGCCGGGGCUGAGGCCUGCGAAGAGAAGCGGGGUCUGUCGCAGGCCGCGGAGGAGCGUAUCGAGGACCGUAUCAGCCUGCUGCUCAGGCUGAGAGCUCAGACAAAACAGCAGCUCUUAGAAUAUAAGUCCAUGAUCGACACAAAUGAAGAAAAAACUCCAGAACAGAUUAUGCAAGAAAAACAGAUCGAAGUGUAUGUCAUAUUUUAAUCUUUUAUUUGUGGCUUUUACUAAGAUGUAAUCAUAUGAUCUGUGUUCCAGGGCUGUCUUUCUUUCCUUUAGGAUUCUAGAUAAAUAAGUCAGGUCUAAGUUGGGAGCUUGGUGAUUUGCAGUGGAGUAUUUGGCACUACGGGGUGAUCGCUUCUCUGCUGUCUGUAAAAUUGAAGAGCUGGAGAAUGAAAUUGAAGAUGUAAAAAGUAAUAUUGAAAUGAAAAGUCUUGCACUGAGCAGGAUGAAACUUUCAGUUGCACUUCGGGAUAACAUGGAGAACAUGGGACCUGAGAAUUGUGUGCUCACAGAUGACAUGAAGCACAUAUUAAAGCUACAAAAGUUAAUAAUGAAGUCCCAGGAGGAGUCUUCAGAACUGGAGAAAAAGCUGCUUGAUGUCAGAAAGAAGAGACUACAACUAAAGCAAGCUUCAAGAAGUAAGCUUUUAGAAAUACAAAUCGAGAAGAACAAACAGAAAGAGGAUGUUGACAAGAUGGAGAAUUCUGAAAUGAUAAAGACCAUGAAAAAAAAACUACAGACGGAGAUAAAGAUCACUACAGUUGUUCAACAUACAUUCCAGGGCCUUAUUUUGGCGAGUAAAACCAACUGGGCAGAGGACCCUGCCCUCAGAGAGACAGUGCUGCAGCUGGAGAAGGACCUCAACACGCUAUGAGAAGAAUCCCGCAGUUUAAAAUUGGCUUUGUGACCAAUCUGUCAUUUAAAUAGCCGAGUUCAUGGGAAAUGUAAAUGGUGUUUUUGGAACCACUCUGCUGCUUCAGUUUUGGGGUUUUGAGUUGAUGUGACACAGAACCUUUCGUUUUAAUUGUGCUCAUUAAAGUGGCAUCCUCUGCAGGAGUCUGGCCGUGGAGGCCUUGGAAAGAAGCGGGCGGUCCUGCUGCCACCGGAUGUGCAUCUCCUUGCCAACGUUUCCCCGUGACCCCUUUUGGAAUAUGCUUAUGCAUCUGCACGCUGUGCAAAGUUGUGUGUGUUAAGUAAGGUUGUGUCUUCUUUUCUCCUUCUCUACUUAGCAUGCAUUUUACUUUUAUAACUUAAGGAAUAAAAAGAAUAAACAUUA